GGGCCAAGUCAGAGUACACCAAACUCUCUGCGACCUGGAGACAAAUACAGCGAUGGCCCUCCUCAACAAUCGGGCCAGCAGGUGCUCUUUCCUGAGAGCGGCGUAUUGAUAUCAUCGUUCCGCCUUGCUGCCAUGAGUCAUGCUUCAAAGCUCAAUUGUAUGCGUUUAUUCCACGCACUUUUUGACUACUUUUUUACAGUUGAGGAGUGUCAAAAUGCUGUCCCUUUUGGUCGCCCUGGAAACAAACCUGCAGGAACAGGAAAGCGCAUCCUUGACCGGAAAAAAGUUGAAGGAAUCCUAACGUAUGUCCUGAGAUGCGGUACCCUUCCUGAUUGGGACAAUAUUGAGGAGGCCAAGCUCAAGAAAGCUUUGGUAAACAAAUGUCGGGCCAGAGCAGGUUUUAAGUAGGCCCUUGUACCUGCCAAGUUCAUUUUGGGGUAGGAUGUUUCCUUUGUAAACAUGUUAAUAUUUUGGUCUGGGGUUGCACAGUUUAUAUUGUAUAAAAUUGCCAUAUGAUGUAGCUUUUAGUACCACGUUAUACUGUGACAAUGCAUAUUGAGCUGUGCUGUGUCUCGCAAAUUUGGCACCGAUGCAACCUCACUAACAAGCUAGCGGCUAAUAUCCCUUCACAGUGCAAAGCUGUUUCCAAAUAAAAAAAUAAUACAACUGGAAAUGACGCAGUAUGUUACUGCUUACAUAAUCAGGUAUAUUAGUAGUAAUAGUAAUUCAGUGUUUGUAUUUGAGUGGGCCCCACACCCCUCUGUAGUGAAAAAGUUGGUCAGGCUCGGUUGGUAGAGCGGCCGUGCCAGCGCUUGAGGGUUUCAGGUUCAAUUCCCGCUUCCGCCAUUCUAGUCACUGCCGUUGUGUCCUUGGGCAAGACACUUUACCCACCAGCUCCCAGUGCCACCCACACUGGUUCAAAUGUAACUUAGAUAUUGGGUUUUACUAUGUAAAGCGAUUUGAGUCAUUAGAGAAAAGCGCUAUAUAAAUAUAAUUCACUUCACUUCACAACAACAAAGUGAGUACUUGGGGUUAAAUUAAUGUAUAUUUGUAUUUGUUUUAUUUUUUGUAUAUUGUUUUCUAUGUUGUUUUAAUUAUUGUGAAUGUCAAUAUGAACAUCAUUUUUGUAAUAAUUAACUACAUUUAAAUUGUUGUAUUUAAUCUAUUUUUAUAUCUUAUGUUUUGUAUUUUUUUAUAGCCAAAUUAAGUUAUACACCUUUCAAUAUUUGAGUAUUUUUUUUACUGUUAUUUCUAAUUAAGUCAGAUGAUUGAACUCUCAAUUUGUUGUCAUUAUUCUCAAAUUUGAGAUAUGAUGGCUUUGUUAAGACAUUUAAGAGAAAUAAUCAAGACAUGAAAGAGACAUACAUAAGAUCUCUUUUAUUGCUCAUACAUCUCAUUUAUUUCUCUUUAAUUCUCCUUCAAAAUAAAUGAGACAUAAUUGAGAUCAGUGUCAUACAUAUAUGAGCUCUCCUCAGUGUAUCCCACUUCUCAAAUAUUGCUCAAAUGGUUGUCUCAACUCAACCUCCUUUGUCUCAGUGAUGUCUUGUCUCUUUUUAGCUUAUUUAUUGCUCCUAAGGGUCCCUUAGGAGCAAUAAAAGAGAAACAAUUGAUCACAGAAUUAGACAGAUAUGAGAAGCUCAAAAUGUUCUCAAGAUACGAGAUCAAGCAACAGAUGAGCAAGCACAUUUUUGCUAUGGGUUGGCAGAUUCUUGCAUUGACAUUUUAACCUUGUGAGCAAACACAGAACCUGGGGUCCAAACUUGUGAUUUACAUAAAUGAGGCGUUCCUCAAGGCACCCCUUUAAGUCCUCCCCAUUUUGGUUGUUACAAAUUUAUUUCGGAAUGUGAUGUAUGUAACUAAGGUGUUGCUGUAGGUCGUUUACUUCAGAUGCUAUCAGUUUGUCAUUUGUUCUACUUCUUUAGUUAUACUAGUAGUGUUUCCCAAGGUUACUUUUUAGGUCCUCUCUUUUUCAUCAUUUGGGUUAUUCAACUGGUGGCCUGUGAGUUCAGUUAAAACAAACUUGUGAGAUGCUGACAUUUUUUCAACAGAUGUUUAAAGGCCUACUGAAACCCACUACUACCGACCACGCAGUCUGAUAGUUUAUAUAUCAAUGAUGAAAUCUUAACAUUGCAACACAUGCCAAUACGGCCGGGUUAACUUAUAAAGUGACAUUUAAAAUUUCCCGCCACACUUCCGCUUGAAAACGUCUCGGUAUGAUGACGUAUGCGCGUGACAUAGCCAGUUUAACAGAGGUAUGGCUUCCCCAUUGAAGCCAAUACGAAAUAGCUCUGUUUUCCUCUCAUUAUUCCACAGUAUUCUGGACAUCUGUGUUGGUGAAUCUGUUGCAAUUUGUUCAUUGCAUUAUGGAGAAAAGCUGAGCAAGCAAAGAAAGUUGUCGGUGCGAAGCGUAUAUUUUGCGAGGGAAGUCAGCAACACAACACAGCCGGUGUUUGUUUACAUUCCCGAAAGAUGCAGUCAAGAUCGAAGAACUAGGACAACAGAGACUCCAACCAGGAGGACUUUGAUUUGGAUACACAGACGCGAUACCGUGAGUAUGUAGCUGCACUUCCAAACAUUUGAUCGCUUGCUAUAACUAGCUCGAGCUAGGAGCUAGGAGCUAGCAUAACAAACACCUAGGUGUUUGUUAUGCGGGAUUAAUUUGUGGCAUAUUAAAUAUGAGCCUGGUUGUGUUGUGGCUAAUAGAGUAUAUAUAUGUCUUGUGUUUAUUUACUGUUGUAGUCAUUCCCAGCUGAAUAUCAGGUCCCACCCGCGCGCUUCCAAACAUUUGAUCGCUUGCCCGUACGUGCGUGUCACGUACAUAACUUUGGUUAAAUAUAUAAACUUUAUGAACCUUGGGUUAGGUGAACGGUCCUUUGGGCUGAGUGAGUGUGUGUGUUGUGCAGGUGUUUGAAUUGUAUUGGCGGGUUAUAUAUACGGGAUCCCGUCCAUAUAACCCGCUCGAGCUAUAACUAGCUCUAGCUAGUAGCUAGGAGCUAGCAUAACAAACACCUAGGUGUUUGUUAUGCGGGAUUAAUUUGUGGCAUAUUAAAUAUAAGCCUGGUUGUGUUGUGGCUAAUAGAGUAUAUACAUGUCUUGUGUUUAUUUACUGUUGUAGUCAUUCCCAUCUGAAUAUCAGGUCCCACCCGCGCGCUUCCAAACAUUUGAUUGCUUGCCCGUACGUGCGUGUCAUGUACGUAACUUUGGUUAAAUAUAUAAGCUUUAUGAACCUUGGAUUAGGUGAACGGUUCUUUGGGCUGAGUGAGUGUGUGUGUUGUGCAGGUGUUUGAAUUGUAUUGGCGGGUUAUAUAUACGGGAUCCCGUCCAUAAAACCGCUCAAGCUAUAAUUAGCUCGAGCUAGUAGCUAGGAGCUAGGAGCUAGCAUAACAAACGCCUAGGUGUUUUUAUGCGGGAUUAAUUUCUGGCAUAUUAAAUAUAAGCCUGGUUGUGUUGUGGCUAAUAGGGUAUAUAUAUGUCUUUGUCAUGAUCCGUGGUCCGGAUCAUGUUUUGUUUAGUUAUGUUCUGUUAGUUUUGGACUUCUUUUGUUCCCGUUUAGGCUUCCUUGUUUGCUUUUGUCACCAUGGCGACUUAUUGUGUUCACCGGUCUCUGAUUAGUGCUCGCCCGCUCACCUGCUGCCCGAGCGCUAAUCAGAGGCAUUAUUUAAGUUGCCCUUGCCAGUCACUCGUCCUGCUUUCGUUGUAUUUGUCACACGUUCAUGCCACGUAAGUUUUUGAUUAUUCCAUGUCCUAGUUCUGUGCUAAAUGUUAGCCUUAGCUUCUCGUGCGUUCGGCACGCUUUACUUUUGAUUGUUUUCUGUUUGCCUAUGAUUUAUGUAAAUAAAUCAUCUCUUACCUUCACGUUUUUGUCCGGAGUGUCCGUGUUGCAUUGGAAGAACAACCGCGCAGCAAGCGCACCCCCUCACGUGACAGAACGAAAGCAGCAUCCGUUCUUCCGCAAACGGACCACAAGCAGAUGGAUGAAGGUAUGCGCAUGAUGUUCCGAGCGAUGGAAGUGGAGACUCUUCGCUAUUCGACGGAGGAGAGGUCGAACCUUAUGUGGGGACCUGGAGGCUCCCUUAUCCCCAUCGACUCCCUCUGGUGCGAAGACAUCGCCGCUACACAGCGGUACCGGACGCGCCGGCAAAGGCGGAAGCCGUCCAGAAGGGCUUCGUCUCGCCGUCAGAACGCGUCACUCCCGCAAGCUCCUCCCCCGGACCGAAGCAAGUUGCAGCCAGACCAGUAUUCCUCACCGCCAAAGUUAGGUAAUCCGAUUCAUGAUUUUGCCAAGCAGUUCAUGGAUUGGGCUUCCAGUCAGCUGCAGGAGACCGGGGCUGAUGACGUCACGCCGCCGCCUGCUGAUGACGUCAUGGGCCAAGAAUUUUUUUUUCCUAAUUCUGUUUCGCUCUCGAAAAUUCAAGCCCCGCCCAAGUCACGGACAUUUUCCUUUUGUUCACCCACACAAAAUCAGGUGGGGAAUACAAAAAGACAAGUUGGACAAUUUAAAGGGGAGGCUUCUACCCCCCUCCUGACCUCCCGCCACCCACCCUUAAAGACUGUUCCAGACCAGGAGCGCGUCUGGUAUCCGCCCCUUGAGGGGGGGGGCUGGGGCCGGGAGCUGUGCUGGUGGGGUGCCUCAGCUGCGCCCAACCAGGCAGCAAACUCCAUCCCGGCCGCCACCACCAGUCUUUCGGCAUGCCAGGCCGCAGCCCCCAGCUAGACCGCCUCCGCCAUGCUCAUGGCCACCAUCUUCUCCGGUGGGCUUCCAAACGCCACCAUCUCCGGCACCUGCACCACGACAGACACCUGCACCUGCACCACGGCAGACGCCGGUACCUGCACCACGGCAGACGCCGGUACCUGCACCACGGCAGACGCCGGUACCUGCACCACGGCAGACGCCGGUACCUGCACCAGACCAAGACACUCAAGACCAAGACACUCAAGACCAAGACACUCAAGACACUCAAGACCAAGACACUCAAGACCAAGACACUCAAGACCAAGACACUCAAGACCAAGACACUCAAGACACUCAAGACCAAGACACUCAAGACACUCAAGACCAAGACACUCAAGACCAAGACACUCCAGACCAAGACAAAGACACUCAAGACACUCCAGACCAAGACAAAGACACUCAAGACACUCCAGACACUCCAGACCAAGACAAAGACACUCCAGACCAAGACAAAGACACUCAAGACACUCCAGACCAAGACAAAGACACUCAAGACACUCCAAACCAAGACCAAGACACUCAAGACCAAGACACUCAAGACCAAGACACUCAAAACCAAGACACUGAAAACCAAGACACUCAAAACCAAGACACUCAAAACCAAGACACUCAAGACCAAGACACUCAAGAUACUCCAGACCAAGACACUCAAGAUACUCCAGACCAAGACAUUCAAGACACUCCAGACCAAGACCAAGACACUUAAGACAUUCCAGACCAAGACCAAGACAUUCCAGACCAAGACCAAGACACUCCAGACCAAGACAAAGACACUCAAGACACUCCAGACCAAAACAAAGACACUCAAGACACUCCAGACCAAGACAAAGACACUCAAGACACUCCAGACCAAGACCAAGACACUCAAGACCAAGACACUCAAAACCAAGAUACUCCAGACCAAGACCAAGACACUCAAGACCAAGACACUCAAGAUACUCCAGACCAAGACACUCAAGACACUCCAGACCAAGACCAAGACACUCAAGACAUUCCAGACCAAGACCAAGACACUCCAGACCAAGACAUCCCAUGCCAAUACCCGCCACGCCAGGCUUCGCCGCACGACCCGCCACGCCAAGCUUCGCCACGCCACGACCCAUCACGCCAAGCUUCGCCGCCUGCAAUGAUGGCGCCGACGCGCCCACCUCCCCGUCGACCACGGAUGUGGCCGCUCCCUGGUCGCCCGCCUCACCUGCUGCAGCGGCGUUCCACUCGCCGCCGCCACUUGACUUUGCCUCGGUGGAUUCGGGGACACUUGGCCUGGCGACCCACCGCCAGGUCACCCUCCCGCCCUCCCAUGGCUCUCGAUUCUGCCUUGUUUUUGUUUUGUUUUGGUGUUUUAGACAUCUGGAAUCUGUCUUUAAGGGGGGGGCUCUGUCAUGAUCCGUGGUCCGGAUCAUGUUUUGUUUAGUUAUGUUCUGUUAGUUUUGGACUUCUUUUGUUCCCGUUUAGGCUUCCUUGUUUGCUUUUGUCACCAUGGCGACUUAUUGUGUUCACCGGUCUCUGAUUAGUGCUCGCCAGCUCACCUGCUGCCCGAGCGCUAAUCAGAGGCAUUAUUUAAGUUGCCCUUGCCAGUCACUCGUCCUGCUUUCGUUGUGUUUGUCACGCGUUCAUGCCACGUAAGUUUUUGAUUAUUCCAUGUCCUAGUUCUGUGCUAAAUGUUAGCCUUAGCUUCUCGUGCGUUCGGCACGCUUUUCUUUUGAUUGUUUUCUGUUUGCCUAUGAUUUAGGUAAAUAAAUCAUCUCUUACCUUCACGUUUUUGUCCGGAGUGUCCGUGUUGCAUUGGAAGAACAACCGCGCAGCCAGCGCACCCCCUCACGUGACAGUCUUGUGUUUAUUUACUGUUGAAGUCAUUCCUAGCUGAAUAUCAGGUCACCCCCGGCUCUCACAGCAUCUUCCCUAUCUUAAUCGCUUCCACUCCCCACUAGUCCUUCACUUGCAUUUUCCUCAUCCACAAAUCUUUCAUCCUCGCUCAAAUUAAUGGGGAAAUCGUCGCUUUCUCGGUCCGAAUCUCUCUCACUUCUGGCGGCCAUCAUUGUAAACAAUAGGGAACUUUGCGGAUAUGUUCAAUUGACUACGUCACGCUACUUCCGGUAGAGGCAAGCCUUUUUUUUUAUCAGAUACCAAAAGUUGCGAUCUUUAUCGUCGUUGUUUUAUACUAAAUCCUUUCAGCAAAAAUAUGGCAAUAUCGCAAAAUGAUCAAGUAUGACACAUAGAAUAGAUCUGCUAUCCCCGUUUAAAUUUUAAAAAAAUAAUUUCAGUAGGCCUUUAAAAACAAUAGACUGCAGUCAUAGAGAUGUUCUUUGACUAGUAUUUUUGCAGAAGGUCCUUCAAAAUAUCAGAGUGAUCCUGUAACUAUGACAAAAUAAAUGGACCAAAAUCAAUUGAUAAAGGUUCUCUGGAAUAUACAAAAUAAGACAAAUAGUAAAGGGAGAGGUCCGCCCCCCCAAGUCCUUAAUGCUCUGGUCAUUUGUGGCUCAACAAACAAUUUAGUUGAAUAUCCCUGCCUUAGAGGGAUUAAAUGUUCAAAAUAAAUUGGCUGCAUAUUAAACAUAUUAACCCAAUUGUAAUUUUGUAAAAACAAAAAAAACAUAUAGGACCUAAUUUACUAAGAUCCAAAUACCACGUGCUAAACAGCGUGUGCAAAAAAUAAAAUAGUGUGUAUUAUGAGUUUGCGGAGUGCGUGUGAUCUAACACUGUGUGUGCAAUUGAAAUGUGGUGCAGACCACCCUAUUUAAAUGAGGAUUUUGCGUGCAUACAGGUAUUUUACCUGUGUAUCAGAUUUGAAGGUAGUUCUCAGGAUGUGUUGACGGAUCUUGAGUUGCUUGCCCAAAUUCCCUAACAACUGCACUAUGUUGAAGAAGUCUAAUGUAGGCUGUGAGGAGGCGGGGCCGGCGGUCCGACACCGGGGCCCGCUCCAAGAUGGCGGCGAGGGGGCGUGGCCGGCGGACCCGCGUCUAAAUGGACUACAGGUGCGUGGAUCGCGCAGUUGGGCAAAAUUAAGUAAUCCCUUCACAGUGUUUAAAAGGGCGGCGGCCGAGGGCGACGGGGCAGAAGGAGGUGGAGAGCCAGACACCCAUGCCGGAAGAAACAGAGAGAGAGUUGGAGAGCCAGCAGAAACCCAUGCAGGAAGAGACAGAGAGAGAAGCCGGAGCCAGAGAGAAGCAGAGGCCGAGCGAAGGCGGAAAAGAGCGCAAGACAUGUGGCGGCGCCUGCAGCUGGAGGGAAGGAGCGAAGAGAGAGAGAGAGGGAGAGAGCGAGGAAGACAACGCGCUGCUGGAAGAGCAGAAGCGGAGGAGCGAGCAGGUGAAGCUGUAGCUGAAAA